UUUCUUAGUCUGUAUACGGAUAACGUUCACGAAGCUUCACUCGAAAUCCAUGGCGUCUUCCAAUCCCUCCCUGAAAAUACAUGAGCUCUGCAGAAUAGCUCCGCCACCAUCUUCACCCAAGUCCUCUUUCUCUCUCUCCUUCUUCGACUUGCUUUGGCUCAGAUUUCAUCCUGUCGAGCGUCUCUUCUGCUUCUCUGUUCCUCACUUAAAAUCUUCUUCCUUCUUCGAUUCCAUCGUUCCCAAGCUCAAACGCUCCCUCUCUCUCGCUCUCCAACACUUUCUUCCUUUUGCCGGAAAUAUCGUUUGGCCUUCCGAUUCCGACUCAGUCAAACCCAUCGUCCGAUACACUCCAGGAGACGCUGUCUCUCUCACCAUAGCAGUUUCUGAUUCUGAUUUCAGCCAUUUCUUGGAUAACUCACCUCGCGACGCGUCCGAGUCUCGUGCUUUCGUGCCGAACUUAGAUUCAUCUGAUUCAUCUGCUUCGGUUCUUUCCCUGCAAAUCACUCUGUUUCCCAACAGUGGAUUUUGCAUCGGCAUCACCGCACACCAUGCCUGUUCGGAUGGAAAAUCUUCAUCUAUGUUCAUCAAGGCCUGGGCUUAUCUAUGUCGAAUAACAGAAGCCGAUGCAGAGAGUGAAUCUUCUUCUGGUUUGCUUCCACCAGAACUUCAACCAUUCUUAGACAGGGAAGUUAUCCUCGAUCCACGUGGCAUUGCCUCUGCAUACAUUAAUGGGUGGACGUGGUCAUCAUCAGGUUUAGAUCCCAAUGAUCAGACUCAGAAGAACCGGCCAAGCUUGAAGAUUUUGUCCGAAGUGUUCCCGCCGAAAGUGGACGACUCGGAUCGAGCCAUAUUCGAUCUCAGACGUGGAGUUUUGGAGAAGAUAAAGGGAAGGGUAUUACAGAAAUGGGAGAGUCUUGACAAGGUGAAAGAAGAGAUCACAGUAGAAUCAUUAGCACUUUCAAAGCCUCAAACUUUAUCAACCUUUGUGCUCACAACUGCUUAUGUUUGGGUCUGCUUCGCCAAAGCCAUGGAAAAAAUAGCUGAACAGAAGACAAAGAAAGUGUUAUUGGGGUUCGUAGUUGAUUGCAGGAACAGGUUAGAGCCUCCAAUCCCUGAAAACUAUUUUGGAAAUUGCGUGAUGUCUCAAGUGACAGAAACACUUCCCGAAAACCUUACCAAUGAAGAUGGGAUAGUGAUAGCAGCUAAGAAAGUAUACGGGAAGAUAAUGAAAAUGCAGAAAGAGAACGGUGUGCUUGAUGGAGCAGAGACGUUGUUCUCAACGUUUUCUUACGUGAAAGAUGAAGAGAACCGAGCUAUAUGCAUAGGAGUAGCCGGGUCAACCCGGUUUGGGGUUUAUGGAGUGGACUUUGGAUGGGGAAGGCCUGAGAAGGUGGAGAUAACGUCGGUGGACAGAAAUAUAACAAUGGCGAUGGCAGAGAGUAAAGAUGGUAAUGGAGGGGUGGAAGUUGGACUCGUUCUGAAGAAGAAUGUGAUGGAACAAUUUGCUUUACUCUUUCGAUCGGAGAUAGAGUCUAUUUGAUAUUCAACUACAGCAAGAGGCAGAUGAAACUAUCUGUGUUUCAAUAAUUCAUAAAUCAUAAUUUCGCUUUUAAAA